AUGUCUACAGCAGUAUACGUGCAAGAUGUCACCAUGAACAGUAAUGGUUUUCCUGUGUUGGUUAAAGAGACUUUCGUAAGCAAUAGCACAUUUUCCGUCACACUCACUGACCUCAUACCUGGUCAUGUGUACAACUGUUCGGUCGCGUCCGGGAUCUUCGACCAGCGUAGUAGUUUCCGAUCAGUCCGUGUUUCCACCUCACCACUGAAGAUUGUUCGCCUCGGGCUGUGCGAGGAAUGGCAGUUCCGCUGCGAGCACACGCUCUUCAAUGCCGCCAAUUCCCUCAGCUACACGCCCUGGGAGUUCACUUCGCUCACGCAGCCGCUGUUGAUCAGGCCGUCGCGCUCUAAAGGCCCGUCGGCGUUUGUCCGCAUUGCAUCGUUCAGCGACGCUCACGAUGGACUGCGCGUGGCCUGCGCAAGGCCCGAAGGCAUCGUCCUGUACGAGAUGUGGUUCGUCAAGAGAGAGGAAUCGGAGAACGCGUGCAGGACGUGCGGCAGUUGCCCGGACAACGCCCUCUGCUCGGCGACUCGGCGGGGCAUGCACUGCCAGUGUCAGCCGGGCUACAUUCUAGACGGAUCGGCGUGCGUCCACUACGACGCGUGCCUCCGGCAAGAUCAGUGCGCGGUGAAGAACAACGUGUGCGUGCGCAAUCUGUCCAGCUUCAGCUGUGAGUGCAAACGCGGAUAUCAACGUCCCCACUCCAGUGGCCCAUGCAUCGACACGAAUGAAUGUCUAGAGACUUCUCCCUGUGGUCCUAACGGACGGUGUCAAAACUCGGAGGGUUCGUUCUCCUGCUCCUGUUCGCUGGGGUACGAUGGCUGCGGCGUGUCUUGUGAAGAUGUCGACGAGUGUGCGCGUGGUACUCACCAGUGCAGUGACAACGCGAUCUGCGUGAACACGAAUGCUAGCUACGCGUGUACGUGUAAGCACGGGUAUACCGAGGCAGGCAAUUCAUCAACAUUGUGCGCAGAUAUAGAUGAGUGUAGUCUUGACCAGACGGUCCUCGCCAAUGGAACACUUGUCGACCUUGCACCCUGUCCCAACAACGUCACCAUGCAAUGCAAAAACACCGACGGCUCGUACACCUGCCCAUGCCUGUCCGGGUUCGAGCUCAACGCCAAUGCUACGAGCGACGACCCAGCACGGUGCCAGGACACAGAUGAAUGCGAGACUAACAACCCGUGCGACGGCAAUCCGGAACUGGAUGUGGAAUGCGAGAACACGUUUGGCUCUUUCCAGUGCUACUGUCCUGACGGGUUUGCGUGGAACACGACCACGCGGCAAUGUGUUGACCAGGACGAGUGUGCGCUAGGGGAGAACGACUGCGAUCCCGACCAAGGGCUGUGCACAAACACGAUAGGCGCGUUUACCUGCUCGUGUACCUCCCAGAUUUUCUCGGCGGGAGGCCAAAGCAUUUCCUCCAGGCAGCUCGAGGGCAACGGAGUGACCUGUGGAUCGAGCGUACGAUCAAGUAAGUCUCCGCUCUUCACCUGUCCUGUGCCAGAGCUGAUUGGCAGUUAG